AUGCCGGCCGUCGAUGAGUCACCUUCCGAACGGAAGCAUACUAGCAGCUCUUACAGAGAUGAGUUAGCGCAUUACAAGGCUCAGUAUGAGCAGCUUGAGGCGGAGCUUGCGGACUUUCAGUCCUCCAGCCGGGAGCUGGAGACUGAGAUGGAGAAGGACAUUGAGGCCUCGGAAAAGCGCGAGCGGCAGCUGAAGGAGAAGGUUGAUACACUGCGGUAUGAAGUCGAUGAGUGGAAGACCAAGUACAAGCAGUCCAAAACCGAGGGUAAUACUGCCCAGAACAACCUGCAGAAAGAGAUCACCUCUCUGCGAGACGCAAACCGUACUUUGCAACUGAAGCUGCGUGAUAUUGAAGUUGCCAACGAUGACUACGAGCGACAAGCCCGGAACACCACCUCGUCCCUGGAGGACCUGGAGUCCAAGUACAACAUUGGUAUUGAACGCGGAGUACUGCUCGAGGAAGAAAUUAGAAACGGGGAACAGGAGCGCGAGCAACUGCGUAUUGACAAUCAGCGUCUCCGGGAUGAGCUGUCCGAUCUUAAGAUUGAAGCAGAGAUUGUCCAAGAGAGGCUCCGGAACACCGAGGGACAUGGCUUCCGCCGCCGCAAGCCUACUCCUCUGUACCGCAGCCCGUCGACUCCUCAGACAUUAGAGAUUUUUGACCGCUCCCCUGGUACCGCUACUUCUUCCCCAGUCUUUGCCACACCCCCCGCUAAGUCAUCCCUUGCGUCGGCCACUGCUACCCCGCCUUCACCUCCAAUCUCCGAGUCGUCUGUAAACCUUCGCAAGUCGAUCAAUGCGACACCAUCUUUCCCUAGACAGAGAGCUGCUGGACCUGAACCGGUCAACUCUCGAACACUUCAUGCUCGGCCCCAGCCGCGCCCCACUCAUUCUCGAACCCCGUCCCUCGCUUAUAGCAACGGCGCAUACAGCAAUGGCCGUUCUACUCCAUCCAUGUCCAUCUCAUCUCGCAACAGUCUCACGAGGAUGAACACCUCGCGGCCACCAGGACUUCCAAAGUCUGGGUCGCUGUUCCAGAUCCGUGGUCUGAUUGGCAAGAUGCAGAAGCUCGAAGAGCGCGUCCAGUCCGCCAAAUCGAGACUGCCUGCGCCGUCUGACACGUCUUCCCGUGGUUCCCCUCGCUCGGGAUCUGUGGUUAGUGAAAGCCCAGUUGCCUCGUCGAUUACGGUUCGACGGAACUCCCGGAAGCGGCUGAGUGGCAGCAGCUUAGGUUCCUCUGUGCGUGAUAGCGAAGGCACACCGUCCUACGUUCCACCAAGUCGCCAAUCUUUCGGACGAACCGGUGAAAGUCGCCCAAGCAGUCGAACGAGUUACUCUAGCCGCAGUUCCUUUAGUCAAAGCGUGCAUUCUGGGGUUCCCCCUAACGGCCGACCCGAAAGUCGAUCCAGUCGUACCGGUGCCAAAACACCGUUAGGCCAUUACUCGACAAAUCCAACCACGGAAAGUAGACGGCCUCGUUCCUCUCUCAGCAAUCAUGCCGGCCAGCUCCCCAAUAUUGCUGGCAUGUGCCUGAUUGACGAGGACCGUGACAUCUCCACCCCAACAACAUCCCGAACCUCCCAGGACAUCCGUCGACCCUCUGUCUCGGCCACUCCCACGCCUGGAGUGAAGAAACGUACCGUCAGCGGUAUACCAGCACCCCGAAGCUUCAAGACCAGCAUCGGGCCUGGAACUAUGCCACCUCCUCACCGGAAGACCCAAAUCAGUGACCUGGGGGAGACCUUUUGA